AUGGCAGACGGCGAGUACGAGUACUACUACGACGAGUACGAGGUGACCGUGGGUGACGAGGAGGCGGUGAAGAAGGCGCUGGUGGCGGCGGUGGAAGGCGUCGCGUCGCUGGAGGGUAUGACACUCGAGGCGCUGAGGGCGGCGGUCGAGGCUGGCUCGCGGGUGGCGGAGAUCAAGGUGGCGGUCGAGGCCGAGCGUGAGGCACAUCGGAAGAAAAUGGCGGCGCUGGAGGCCGAGUUGGUGGAAGAGGAGAAGCGAGCGGCUGCGCUGGAGGCCGUGGCUCCGCUGCUGAAGCAGCUCAAGCCGGCGCCGGCGGCUGCGGGUGAUGGCGGUCCGGCGCGGGCGUUUUCGCAGGCGCACCUCUCCAAGAUGUACCGGAUGCUCGGACCAGCGGGUGACGCUGAUCAUGUGGUGCCGGUCAAGAUGCUCGAGUUUGUGACGGCGGAUGGGUACGCCAACGUGGGCAAGCUCGCGACGCAGUACGUGGCCGAGACCGCCGUGCCGUUCCGGACGGCCGAGGCCAAGAUCCUGGCCCGGCUGGUGGAGACUUUUCCAGAGACGGCGGAAAGGCUGGUGGCAUGCAAGGGGCUGGUGGCGCGGGCGAUGGUGUCACUGACGGCGCCUGCGGCGCCGGCGUCGAUGGCGUUCGCCGAAGCAUCGCUGGUCGGUCUCCUCCUCCACCAGGAGACCCAGCUUCCUGUCGAGGUGGUCGCCACGGCGUUUUCACCUCAGGUGCUCGAUGCGCUGCUGCUAGCAGUGGUGGCGCACGAGACCGAUCCGGACGAGACCUUGCUAGACGCGCUGCUGCGGCUGGUCCUGCUCGUCAACGUGGCGGCGGCGGGCGAUGAGGGCCCGGGCAAGCUCUCGCUGGUGGUUCAGGCACUGCUACGGGCGAGCGACGUCAAGGCUGUGGUCGAGUACGUGCCGCGGCUGUUCAACGGCGGGCCGACUGGGUACCACAGCAUGGUAGCCGGCGAGCCUGUGCUCAAGAUGCUGCUGGACAUCUUUGCCUCGCCGGCCUCGCUCAGCCUGCUCUACCCCAAUGACGUCCAUGUUGUGCUCAACGUCAUUGUCCGCGAGCUCAACAACCUCGACCCCGAGUCACCGAAGCGCAUGUACAUGCUGCGCAUCCUUGAGGCCUACUUUAGCAACUCGGACUAUGGCAGCGGCGCCGAGGAGCCGUACAAGAUUGCCGAGUUCCAGACUACGCUCGACUCGAUCCACUCGGAGGACGGCGAGGCGUCAGAGAUGUCGCGGCUCAUGGUCGAGGCCAUCUACAUGUCGUGCGAGGUGCUGGCGACGUGGCGCCCGCCGGCGCCGUGA